UGCCCAGGCAGCGCACGGCUUCGUCUUUGUUUCCUUCCAUAUCGUUUGUGGCACUGGCCCGUAGGGCAUCGUUUCUUGCUUCUUCCUUUAUGGUCUCAUCGCCCCCGAAAGCAGCAGCUAAACCCCCAGAGGACGAACAAGAGUCUGCAGAGCUCUUAAAGUUCCGACAAGAAUGGCUUGCCGAACUCCAGAGGCGCAAGGCCGAGCAGAGUAGUAGUAGUAGGAGCACGACCACGACAACCGUUCAAGCUGCCUCAAGCUCGAGCAAUGCUCCUAAUCUGGUCAAACCACAGUUUGAACCUCUUGCAAGUACUACGUAUUCUCGACGCACGUCUACGGCCCCAGCCUACGAGGCACCUUCUCUGCCAGCAAAACAUCCAGCAUUGAUAAGCGGUCAGAUCACGUACCAGUACCUUGUGCUCCAGAAUGCACUUGGUUUCUACCAUCGUGCGAUCGAGCACGAACAGAAGGGUGAACUGGAUGAAGCUCUUAACCUCUACAGACAAGCUUUCCGUCUGGACGACAAUGUCGAUCGCGCGUAUCGUCGUGAGCAGAUGCUCCAUUCUAUCCUCAACGAACAGCACGCUGCCCACAAAACACCGGACUCAGCACCUGAACGAGGCGAAGACUUGUCUGCGAGCUUCGAGAGUGCCGUGACAAUCACACCAGCGAGAAAGACGGCGAAGGUUACAGACACACUGGCCAACCUCAUCCACCACUUCCCUCACAACCUGAAGUUCCAACCCGAAAGUGAGGACGAGCCUGUGUUCCUUAAUAUUCUUCCCGAGGAACUACUGGUUGUCAUCAUCAGCAACCUGGAUGCUACGUCGGUGGAAAGGUUUGGCAGUGUGAGCAAGAAGGCGAGGAUGAUGACACUAGAUCCUGGUAUCUGGAGGCACUUCGUUCGUGUGACCUACAAAUACCCUCAAGUUCUAGACCAAGAAACCAUGGUCGAUGUCGUAGAACGCUUCCUGUUCGAUUACAGACGCAUUUACAUCGAGCAGCCAAGAAUCCGCUUGGACGGCGUGUACAUCGCGAUUUGUCAUUACGUGCGGCCCGGUCUAAGCGAAAACUCGUGGGUCAACGUAAGCCAUCUCAUCACCUACCACCGCUACCUGAGCAAAUUAACUGACCGCGUCCUUGAUGCAAACAGGCGGUUUUUCCCGAAUGGCCAAGUUCUUUCGCUCCUUGCAAACGAGGAGAACAGCCCACAGCAAGUUAUCCCACUUCUGAAGCCCACGCUUCGGAUGAAGGGCCUAUUCAUUGGUCACUGGAAGCUCAUAGGAAUGACCGUUCACCUCUCUAGCCUCUUCGAUGCCAGUGGGCGGUUCGCUCUUCCCUCGCUUGACGGUAUCGACGGCACCUACCCUGUCAUCACACGCAUUCCAGCCCCAGAGCCGCCCCCCGCAACGCUUGCACAUUCUCAUGGCCACGGGUAUGGACAAGCUCAUGGGAACUCUGCGCAACUCGAUCGCGCCCGCUACGUCUUCGACAUGACCCUCAACCUGCGCUCGAAGCCGCUAGGCCGGUGGAACAGGAUGGACAUCCUGACGUAUGACUCGGUGCACGUCGAGUCUGGCGAUAUCCAGCCUGUUGCGUUGAAGCAUGAGCGUCCGUUCUGGUUCUCCAAGGUCCGGUCCUACGCUUAGA